CGCAGCUACCCCUGCGGGAGCACCGCUCCUCUCCGCACCUGCCCCGGCGGGGAGCACCGCACCACACUGUUCCGCACCUGCUCCGCGGGGUGCACCACAACCGCUCCGCACCUGCCCCGCCGGGGAGCACCGCUCAGCUCCGCAGCUGCGUCGGCAGGGUCCCGUCCCCAUCCCAUUCCUCGUGCAGGCCCUGAGGGGGCAGCAGCUGCCCCUCUUUAUUUUAGGGCAGCUCCUUGGCUCCAAGGGCAAAUCCCUUCGAUAGCAUGCGGGGCUUCACCGUCUGGGACUACGUGAUCUUUGCGGCCAUGCUGCUGGUCUCGGCUGUCAUCGGGGUCUACUACGCAUUCGUGGGAGGGGGACAGAAGACAUCUAAGGACUUCCUCAUGGGGGGCCGCAGCAUGAGCGCCCUUCCCGUUGCACUCUCCCUCACAGCCAGCUUCAUGUCAGCUGUCACCGUGCUGGGCACCCCUGCCGAGAUCUACCGCUACGGUGCCAUCUUCUGCAUCUUUGCCAUCACCUACGCACUGGUGGUGCUGUGCAGUGCCGAGAUCUUCCUGCCAGUCUUCUACAAGCUGGGUAUUACCAGCACCUACGAGUAUUUAGAGCUUCGAUUUAAUAAAUACCUGCGCCUCUGUGGAAUGGUCCUCUUCAUUAUACAAACGACCUUAUACACUGGUAUUGUCAUUUAUGCUCCAGCUUUAGCACUGAAUCAAGUCACUGGCUUCGACUUGUGGGGUGCAGUGGUGGCAACUGGUGUGGUCUGCACUUUCUAUUGCACACUGGGCGGUCUGAAGGCAGUGGUGUGGACAGAUGUUUUCCAGGUUGGAGUUAUGGUAGCUGGAUUUUCAGCUGUCAUUAUAAGAGCUGUGGUGGUUCAGGAGGGAAUUGGACGCAUUGUAAACGAUUCUUACUACGGAGGAAGAUUAAACUUCUGGGAGUUUGAUCCCAAUCCUUUGCAAAGGCACACUUUCUGGACGAUUAUUAUAGGUGGGACUUUCACAUGGACUGGCAUAUAUGGAAUCAACCAGUCUCAAGUACAGAGAUACAUUGCAUGCAAAAACAGGUUCCAUGCAAAAUUGUCCCUCUAUAUCAACCUGGUGGGCCUCUGGGGGAUACUGGCUUGUGCAGUGCUGUGUGGCCUGGCCCUCUACUCCAUCUACAAGGACUGUGACCCAUGGACAUCAAAGCAGGUGUCAGCAGUUGACCAGCUAAUGCCAUACCUAGUGCUGGAUAUUCUCCACGAUUUUCCAGGAGCGCCAGGGCUUUUUGUGGCUAGUGCCUACAGUGGGACAUUAAGUACAGUGUCCUCCAGCAUCAAUGCUUUGGCUGCCGUGACUGUCGAAGACCUCAUCAGGCCAUACUUCAGAUCCCUCUCUGAAAAGAAGCUGUCGUGGAUUUCCAUGGGAAUGAGCCUGUUUUAUGGUGGAGUCUGCAUUGCUAUGGCUGCAGUGGCAUCUUUCCUGGGAGCCUUGUUGCAGGCAGCACUCAGCAUUUUUGGCAUGGUUGGUGGUCCCCUUUUAGGACUGUUUGCCUUGGGAAUCCUCUGCUCCUUUGCAAAUGGAAUUGGUGCAUUUGUGGGUCUUGUCAGUGGCUUUGUUAUUUCACUUUGGGUUGGAAUUGGAUCUCAGAUUUAUCCUCCACUCCCAGAGAGGACCAAACCUCUAUCUCUCUCAACUAUAGGCUGUAAUAUAUCCUCAGGAAAUUUGACAGCAACAGAAAACCCAUUAACAACAAUCUUCUACACACCGAGUGCAGAGAGGCCUGCCCUGGCAGACAACUGGUAUUCCUUGUCUUAUCUCUACUUCAGCACACUUGGGACACUUACCACAGUAGCUGUGGGAAUAAUUAUCAGCCUCCUAACAGGAGGACUUAAGCAGAACACAGAUCGUAAAUUCCUGCUGACUAAGGAAGAUUUCCUGUCUAACUUCUCAUGGUCUAAAUCUGAGACACCAGAGAAAGUGGAAGCGUUGAACUGGAAACCAUUUACCACGACAGCUGAAGGAACUGACAACCCUGCUUUCAGCCACAUUGAAAUGGAUGUUGCAAGCAAUAAGAACAAAGUCAAUGGCCUUCAUAUAUGACAUAGGGCCCUGUCAGCCCUUGAGGGCAGUUUUGUUCAUAUAAGGCACUAUUGACAGUCCUAUGCUGGGUCAGUUACCAGCCCUGCAGGGGUAAUGGGCAGCCGUCUGCUGAGCUUUGUUGCACUGUCACCCUUGCAUGACCUUGAUAUUAGUCAAGAAAGGAAUCAGGUCUUUCUUGCACAUCCUCACCCUCUCUUUCUCACUCUGAAUCUUGGUGACAGGGCUUAAGGCAAUGUCUAUAUGUGAAUUAUUUACCUGAUAUUCUUGAGCUUCCUGGAAAAUAUCUGCAUUUGAUCUCAGUUCAUUCUCAGAGUAAAUUUUUUAUUUGGUAAUUGCACUGUUCCCCCAGACAUAGUUGGUUUUCUGGUUUCUUUUUUUUUUGACUUUUUUUCUUUUAAGAGACUGAAAGUAUAAAGACAUUAGGGCUGCGGGACCUUAACAGGUUGAAAGAAACAGUGGGGCUUUUUUUGAUACAGGAGGUGCAUAUAAUGCCAUCUGAUUAAUUUGUAGAACUGAGAAUGUAUUUAUUUUGCUGUUUUUUUGGGUAUAUGUUUGUUUUUAUUAAGCUAUUUCUUCCCUGGUUUCUAGCAUCUCCUUGUCUGUGCUCACUGCUGGAAGCUACAAGAGUGUCUCUGGUGAUGGGUAGAGGCAAAACUCAGUAACAUACUUCCCUUCAUUCCCCAUCUCCCUCAUCUGCCCUGUUUUACCAUUACAGAGCUGGUUCUCACAAACGAAAAGAGCUAUUUGGGCUUUUUAUUCAGUGCCAUACAGCAGAACCACAGUAGUCUUUCACUUCUUGCUCAGUGUUCUGGCCUAGGACCAGUCUUGCACUGGGCUGGGCAUAGUGCAGCGGAGAUGUUAAUGCAAGAACAGGGCCCUGUUUCCUCUACAGGAUAAGAGGGAAGACUGCAUCUGCAGUUACCACUGCUGUUAUCUGUGGAGCUGUGAGCUGAAACUUUAUGUAGCCAUUUGUAUUCAGGCAGUCCCUCUUGUUUCUCUGGGGAUUCACUUUCAAGUUUGGUCCAGAUCAGGCUAGAGCAUGUUGUGUGUUUUGGCAGGCAAGCAAUGUCCACUGUGCAAUCCCCAGGACAGGGAAGGCAUUGCAGAGGAUGUCAUUUGAUGAAGGCUUCUCUGGGGCUGCAAGGCAUGGGAUGACUUACCCUCUGGCUAGGCUGCCAAGAGAAGCUGAACAGCAUAUCCACUCCAGACUGUGGUGCUGGUGGUUUUGAAGAGUGAAAAACCCCGAUUGCUUCACACCCCCCAUGUGCUUUCUGGUAAGGCAGGGAACAGAUGUUGACCCACUGUUGUUUUUCUAUUGCAUAAGAUGAACUGACAGUAUCAGAAAACAUUAGGAAUUAAAAAUGGGGUCCAAGGAGAAAACCUGUGCUAGAGGAGUAUGAGUACAGGUCAGACACUGUAUGGGGUUCCCAUCAGGGGCAUAUCUUCAUCAGCUAACUCAGUGCAAAACUAUGUGACAGAGACAGAUUUCCCCUUUGCCUCCUGAUUCACUGGUUUGCAUGGUCCAAUCCAGAGUUUAGGGACAGACCCUUAUCCCCAUUCCUCUGCUGCAGCUCCAUAACUAGCUAAGUGCUGAAAACACUGUGUAGAAGGGCUGUGAAUGAGCCGGAGAGAUCCCAUGAAUUGUGUCUUGUGUUCCUAUAUCUGAAAUCUGAGACAAACUAUAGCAUCCUGAAUAAAGUCUUCUAGGACAGGGAUCUCUGUGCUGGGACUAUCCUAGUCACUCCGAGAUAACUAGUCUACUGACUGAAAGAGCUGGCUAUGCUUCCCAAGUCUCAGACAAUAAGUGCAGCUCAUUCAGCCUUGUGCCUUGUCUUCAUGACACAGAAAUAGAUACUGCAUUUUGUGCAAAGGAAUAGUUCUUGAGCCUUGGAAUAUAGUAAUUUGUACCUACCAGGUACUUUCAGCCCGCAAACCUGAAAAAACGUAAGUACUGGUAUCUCCACACUGCUGCAGAGUGCUGAAAUGAAGAGGACUGGUGUGACCCUUCAUACCUGUGCUUUAUGGCACAGAGUAAGCUGUGGACAGAGAGAACAGAAGCCUGUAGCAAGCCCUUGCCUGCUGGUAUGGCUACAGUCCUCUCAACACAAAUGACGAACUCCCAUCUGAAUAUUCUUCUCAGGAGAGAUCACUGCUGUGUUAAGCAGCAUCACUGUGGCCUUUGCGGCACCACUCUGUGCUGAGAUCACUGUUUGUGCUGUAAUUGAUACUGCCUUAAACCGUCUGGGAUGAUCUGUGACUUCUACCUGUUUCGUUCAUGAAGACUCAUCUUCUCAGUUAUCAUAGUUAAAAAACGUAGCACCACAGAGGUUUUUUUUUUUUU